GACAAGCGCGAUAGUAAGAGCCGUAUACCCGGCAGCAGGCGGCGUGGAUGAGAACUGUCAGCGCUCUGGAACAUCAGUCCGGUGCCUUCCUUUUCAACAGGAAGCCAUGUUCUCUCCUGUCACCGCGCCUGCCGACCUUGUGGUGGAAGCUACUUUGCUCCGGAGCCAGCAUCUCGGACUCGGCCGAGGAGAACCCGUUCCCCCGUCGCUGGCAGACGGCGGCCUCUGUGCCCUGCCUGCCUGGUCUGUCGGUUCCGUUCGACGGAUCUCCCGGAUGGCGGUCGGGGGGAGAAAGAUAGGUGCAGAUGGGAUGUGAAAAAGCCACGACGGGCACGCGGAGCAGAUGUGUACUCGUCCGAUACACGUCCGCGCGCGCGCGCCCACGAGGCAUGCGGGGCUUGGGCUGGUCGCGUCUCCCGCGGUGAUGUGUGACGAGAGAGAUUCCUCUUUUGUAUCACAUCCCAAAAGCCCCCAGCGCGAAACUCGCAGUUCAGGCUGCCGGGGCAGACUUUUGAUAUUAAUUCCGGGUAAUUGUUUACUCUCUUGCCCCUGCUUCAUUUCUCCUUUGCUUCUGUUUAUCUUUUUCUGCCCCUGCGUUUUUCGCCUUUUUUUUUUUCAUCUGGUCUUCAGCCAUUGCUCUCUGCGCGCGAGAAAUCAUGUAGGCUCAGUCAUUCACUGCUGCUGUCACUGUUACGGAUUUUUGUUUUCCAAGCUCUUGUGCGAUGGACAACGCGCGAACGAUUGGGUAAAGAAAAGAACAACGAGAAAAAAAAGAGAGAAGCAUGGAGUUGGGGAUGAGUAUCCGGGGGAGAGUCUACAAAAACAGAAAAGCCCCUACCAGAACAGUGAUUUGGAGGGAAAAAAAAGAAUAAAAAUCUACGGCAAUGGGGGGGCAGCAGGAUUCUCUACAAUAGCUUCUUGUCGGCAUCAGGCCUGACCUGGCUUGAGGGUCGUCUUUUGGUUUUCCUCGCGAUGGUCUCUAGCUGCGGCACACAGGGUUUGUUGUAUAGGAUAAAAAAUUGGAUCCUGACAUUUGCCUCCCA